GAACGCGGUCAUGAUAACCGCCGCAUCCCCCUCCCUCCGCUCCUACAAAUUCCCCGCAAACGCCACCGUCCACGGCAAACUCGCCGCCUAUCUUGCCCUACGGUACUCUGGAAACGACUCAGAGUACAGACCGUGGCAGGAUAUAUGGCCUAGCAGAGAGGAAUUCGAGGCUAUCCUGCCGAUACUGUGGGGGAAGAGGGCGAGGGAGCUGUUACCAGAAGAUGCGAAGGCGCUCGUCGCAAAGCAGCGCCACAAGCUCGAUGCUGAUUUCGAUACUCUACGUCCCAGCAUACCGUCCAUAUCAAAGGACCUCUUCACGUACACAUGGUUGAUAGUAAACACGCGUACCUUCUACUGGGACUACCCCGAUCUCCCUCGCGCCAGCCCUCGGCUCCCCAAGAAGCGCUCCCUCCUCACUCCCGACGACUGCUACGCCAUGUGCCCCUUCAUGGACUACUUCAACCACUCGGACCGCGGAUGCGAGACCAAGCACGACGCCAAGGGGUACUAUGUCUACGCGGAUAGAGAUUACAAAGCCGGCGCAGAAAUCUACGUCACCUACGGCACGCACACCUCGUCCUUCCUCCUCGUCGAAUACGGCUUCAUCCUCUGGCCCCGAAACGCCCACGACUCGCUGCCCCUCGACCACCUACUCCUCCCUUUACUGUCCCCCAGCCAAUCCGCCGUCCUGAAAGAAGAUGGGUUUUACGCCAAUUACACCCUCAUCCCCGCUAGGCGCGCGCUCGGAGCCGGUUACGCGGAAGAAAGUGCCGACGACGAUGAUGAUGAUGACGGAACCGAAGCGGCGACUCGAGCAAAGCAAGGAGUGGUAACGACAACGUGCCACCGCACGCAGGCAGCCCUGAGACUCCUCACGCUCCCCGCGAGACGCUACGCCGCGUUCGUGUCUGGCGCGGACGAGGGCACGGAAGCGGAGCAGCAAGUCGUCGACAGGUACCUGUGCGACGUCCUGAAAAAGUAUCAGCGGAGGAUCGGGGACGUCAAGGAGGAAGUCGAGGCGCUGGACGUUGAUGUCGACGCAAAGCCUCGCGAUGCAGAUGAGAGGCCAAGGGCGGAGCAGAAGGAGACGCUGCUUCGACGCUGGACUCAGAUCCAGCGGAUCGUCAAUGCUGCGGUGGACGAUCUGGGGGGCUAAGGCAAGCAGCCGUGCUACAGUAUAUCCAGAAAUACCAGACAAGUCGUGACAUCU